UGCACGCCAGUUCAAGCCAGGUGGACGCAGAGAAAUACGAAGCUGCAGCACAGCGCUGCACGCCAGUCCGGUAAAACGGUUUGACAUAUCAACAGAAUGGAAGACGACAUGGUUUUAGAAGAUACAUUGUUCCACUCCGAAAAGGAGUUCCAUGAUGCGUCAAAAGUGAACAAUACAGAGAAAAUGCAGGAGCUGAUCAGAAAAGGGGUGGAUGUCAAAGCCAAAAAUAAGAUGGAUCGUAAAGCUCUUCACUGGGCAGCUGGAGCUGGAAAUGAGCAGGCUGUUCGUCUCCUCCUGGACCAGGACACAGAGAUUGACGAGAAGGACAGUUUUGGCAUGAAUGCCCUUCUUUUAGCGUCCUGGUUUGGCCACUUAAAGAUCGUACAGAUCUUAGUGGCCUGUGGAGCAAAGCUCAACUGUGAGAACAAAAAUGGUCUCAGCAUGUUGCACUGCGCUGCACAGCGAGGUCACAUCCGGGUGCUGGAGUUCAUCAUGGAAGACCUGGAAGACAUUUGCCUUGAUAGAGUGGAUAAGUCCCAGAAGACAGCGUUUCACCUGGCCACUGAGCAUGGACAAGUGGAGGUGGUGGAGUUCCUUAUUGGAAUGGGUUGUAAACAUGGCUUGAAGGACAAGGAAGGGAACACUGCCAUGCAUCUAGCAGCAAAGAACGGACACACGGCGGUGCUGCAGAGGAUCGUGGAGACCGGGCUCAGUGUCGACGACAGAAAUAUUGAUGGUCUCACCGCACUGCAUGUGUCUACUGACGGAGGUCAUUAUGAGUGUGUCAAGCUACUGCUGGACUCCUGCUGCAAUGUCAAUGCUCUAACAAACGACAACAUGAAUGCUCUGCAUUACGCAGCUCAGCAUGGCUUUGACAGAGAGGCCAACUUACUGCUGGAAGCUGGGGUGGACACAGACACUGUAAAUAAUCAACACGCCACACCGCUGCACCUGGCCGUAUCCAGUAAUCACCCAGAAAUUGCACAGCUGCUUAUAAAUGCUGAAUGCGACCUGGAUGCCUCUGACAAUAGACAGCAGACCGCAUUGCACAUUGCAGCAGAACAUGGUCGCCAGGACAUUGCAGAGAUGAUCCUCAUUGCUGGAGUUAACCUCAACCUGAUGGACAAGCAGGGCAAAACCUGCCUGGAUGUGGCAGCAAGAGGCAACCACGUCGUCUUGGCGGACAUGAUCAUCAAAGCAGACCGCUUUUACACGUGGGAAAAGGAUCAUCCAUCUAAACCUUCGGGGAGACAGUUGAGCUUCAAACAGGAUCACCAGUUAGAGACACAGCACAUUCGCUCUGUCUUGUGGACUUUAGCUACUAAGCAUCUGUGCCGUGGAGAAUGGAAGAUUCUUGCUCAACACUGGGGCUUCUCUGAUGCACAUAAACGAGCUAUAGAACAACAAUGGACAGGAAUGAAAAGCUUUAAAGAGCACGGUCAUCGGAUGCUGUUAAUCUGGCUUCAUGGUAUGGUGAUGGCAGGGGAGAACCCAAUUAAAGGUCUCUAUGAAGGGCUGGUAGAAAUUUCAAGGAAUGACUUAGCAGAAAGCAUCCGGCAAAAGGCAAAUUCAGACACCACCCUGCCCAAAAUAUGCUCUGCGAUGUGAAUAGAGCUGUGAAUGACUACACAGAGAAUGGUGACGAAGGUUUUGAUUCACAAAAGAGCUCCCGAGAUUUGUUGAAAUCCGUGGCCGUGCAAAUUAAA